AUGCGUCAUAUGUCUCAUCAUGUGACCGUAGCAGCAGCUUCAACAUCUUCAACCAAUAUGAAUGUAUCAAUGGUUAUACGACCAUCAAUUACAUCAACCAAUAGCAGUAGUAAUAAUAAAAUGUUAACAACUACAGAUGAAAUACCACUUGAUUUAACACUUCGAAAAUCCAAUCAAAAAUUCGCAGAAAAAAGAAAUCAAGAAAAUGAGAAUAGUGGUAAGGUGAAGAGGUCAAGGACGGAUAAUAGUGGUCAUUUGUUAAAUCAGAUUAUUAAUGAUGUUGCUGCUACUACUACUACUACUACUACUACUUCUACUACUGGUAUUGCUACUUCUCCUGCAAUAGUACCAUUUUCAACAAGUAAUAAUCCAUCAACAUAUUUGCUGAGAAAAGAAAUGAAUUGGAUGUUGGAAGAAUCUGCAUCAAUGAAAUGUUUCACAAAUGGUGGUAGAGAUGCGACAACAAUUGCGACAACAACAACAACAGCGGCAGCAGCAGGUGCUACCGCAGCUGUUGUUGCUAGUGCUAACGUAAAUAACGCAAAUGUUAACGUAAAUAACGGUAGUUCAGCGACGGGUUUUCAUUUGGCACGAUUAUUAUUAGCACAGCUGCAAGCUCAUCGUGAUGCUUCAUCAAUGUUAUCAUGA